CAAACAGUAAGGAAUUGAUAGAGGUGAGCCACGAAAGUUUGCGGUGUGGUACCCACUGCAGUGAGCGCAUUUCACGUUGGACUCGUGCUGAUCCAUACUUUUGUAAAGAGAUCCUUUUCCACAUUCGACAUAUUUAGGUUUACGAUUAUAUUUGCAAAAACCAGGACUGAAAGUUUGACGACCUGAUCGCCAUGCUGAUGAACUCAAUUCCCUAAGCCUAUACGGCAGAUAAACGCUCUAUUUGGGUCUGUUAUAUUUGCUAAUUAAUAGACUACUAGAGUCUUAUCAACCGCAGCAAUAAACGACGAUUACAACCCCAAAAUACUUCGCAUAUCUCGGUCCAAGCUAAUCUGACGCUCAGUCCUCUCGUGUCUUUUGAAUCGCGCACAUCAAUUAUGUCAAUUGUCAAGCUUUUGCAAACUCACCGCAAUGAAUUUGUGGCCUCGUUGGCAGCCACCUUGUGCUUGUUUAUGGUCAUAACCACCAACGCGUGGACCUCGCCGGCUCUGCCCAAGCUCCUUGCGGACGAUUCACCAGUGCCGAUCACCGAAGACGAAGGCUCUUGGAUUGUGGCCAUCCUGGCGAUCGGUGGCCUUUGCGGACCCAUCGUAGCCGGAGUUACGGUGGACCGCAUUGGACGGAAAUUCACCCUUCUGGCGACCUUUGUACCGGUGGUGAUCGGAUGGACGCUCGUGGGACUUGGCGAUGCGGUUGGAUAUCUGUACGCGUCUCGUUUUCUAUUCGGGCUUUCGUAUGGGACGGCCUACUCGGUGUCUCCGAUAUAUCUGGGGGAAAUCGCAUCGGACCAGAUCCGGGGCACCGCCGGAACGUUCAUCACCGUAAUGGCCAAACUGGGCUACAUGGCAGUUGGCCACCCUGCAGUGUAUUGCAUUGGACCGUACGUCGAGUACUACACUUAUGCCUGGAUUUCGAUGGCUGCUCCGGCGAUUUUUGUCCUGUGCUUCUUCUGGAUGCCGGAGUCGCCUCAUUAUCUGAUCGAAAAGCAAAAAGACGCCGAAGCCGCCAAGUCUCUGCGUUGGCUACGACGAAGGUCUUCGGUGUCUGAGGAAAUCAACGCCAUUCGGACAUCGAUUCAGCAGGCCAGUGCCAACCGAGGUUCGUUCCGGGAACUAUUCGAUCCCCAGUACAGAAACAACAUUCGCAUCGUGCUGGUUUUGGUGUUUGCCAUGCAGUUCACCGCACUGCUACCAAUUCUCAGCUACGCUCAAACCAUCUUCGAGAAGAUUUCCAUCGAACUCAAACCUGAAGAGAUGUCCAUUGUGCUAGGAGCAGUCCAAUUCCUUGCAGUUCUAUUUCCAGCAGUAUUGGUAGAUCGUGUCGGUCGGCGUCCUCUGCUGCUGAUUUCAACCGCCGGAGCCAGCCUGGGAUUGCUCGCAGCUGCGGCAUACUUUGCAGUUGAAACUGCGGACAACAUCGACACAACAAGCCUCGGUUGGCUGGCGUUCGUAGCCCUGCUGCUGUUCAUCGUGUUCUACGGCUUGGGACUCGCCACAGUGUCCUUUGCCGUGCUGAGCGAAAUCUUCCCGGUGAACAUUCGGGCUUUUGCGAAUGCUCUGUUCACGAUACUGAGUGCGCUGGUGCUGUUCGUGAUGGUGAAAAUGUUUCAGCUGACGCUGGACAACGUUGGGCCGUACCUGCCGUUCGGGAUGUUCGGCGUGUUUGGUCUCAUUGGAGGUGCGCUGAUCUACGCGUACAUUCCGGAGACCAAAGGGCGGUCAUUGGACGAGGUGCAGCGGAUUGUCAGUGGGAAACGGGUGGAUUGAUCCGUUCAUACAAUAAUUUGUUGUUACAUAUUUUAAAU